CAUAGCCGCUGUGCCGUUAUUAUGUCUGGCACUGUUAACCAUAUUGAUAGAAUUAUAAUUUACUGUCUCAAUAUGGUAUCAUCAUUAUUGCAAUCAUUUGUGGCCCAUAAUCCACUACCAUCAAUGCAUCCUUCUGCGCCUCUAGUCAUUCAUAUCGCUCACUGCCCUGGCGUAGCACGUUGGGGAGAAAUACACUUUUAUCUGAAUUCCAUGCAACCUUAAAUACAUAAACUUGCGUUAGGUAACACGCAAGAUCGGGAUUCAGACAUUGCAAAAUACUAGGACCCUUUUACGAAUGAGAUUUUUCAUUUUCUUUCUCUGCAUGGAAUUACCACGGCUUUAGUGUCAGUGGCUGUGCAGGACUUGAGGCGCACCGGCAGGGUGUCAGCGCUCAACCCGAACCCGAGGUCUAAAGGCCUCCUAUUCAUUUUAAAAGCUGUACGGUUAUAGCACACCUUCAUAACCUCGGCUUUAAACUCCUACAGAGAUGUCUGACAGCACGGGGCUGCAGUUUGUCAGCCCAUAUGCCUUCGAAGCCAUGCAGAAGGUGGACGUGGUGCGCUUGGCCGCUCUGAGUGACCCAGAACUCAGGCUACUGUUACCCUGCUUGGUUCGAAUGGCUCUGUGUGCUCCGGCCGACCAGAGCCAGGCUUGGGCCCAGGAUAAGAAGCUCAUCCUCCGACUGCUUUCUGGUGUGGAGGCUGUCAACUCCAUCGUAGCACUGUUGUCUGUUGACUUCCAUGCCCUGGAGCAGGAUGCAAGGAAGGAACAGCAGCUCAGACACAAGGCUGGCGGCUCAAAUGCUGAGAGCAUCCUGGUCUCCCAGCUUCAGCACGGCCUCACCUUGGAGUUUGAACACAGUGACCCGCUCAGAAGACUGCGCCUGGCCCUCAGUGAAUUGCUGGCCAUCAUGAAUAAGGUGGUAGACUCCAACGGAGAGUUUUUCCUGAAGUCGUCGGAACUGUUUGAAAGCCCCGUCUACUUGGAAGAGGUUGCAGAUGUACUCUGUAUCCUCCAAGCAGAACUGCCAUCCCUGCUACCCAUCGUGGACGUGGCGGAGGCUCUUCUUCACGUCCGUAAUGGCGACUGGUUUCUCUGUCUGCUGGUGGCCAACGUCCCCGACAGCUUCAAUGAAGUCUGCCGAGGCCUGAUCAAGAACGGGGAGCUCCAGGACGAGGAGAGCCAGGGGGGACGGCGGCGGACCGAGGCCCUGAGACAGCUGUGCCAGAUGAACCCCUCGGAGGCCCUCAACAUCAGAGCCAUGGUGGUGGAGGAGUGCCACCUCCCAGGCCUGGGCGUGGCCCUCACCCUGGACUACAAGCUGGACACGGCGGACGAAGCGGUCAGCCCCCUGGUGGCCUACAUCAGCGGCCUGCUGCUGGGCACCCACAGCAAAGUGCGCACCUGGUUCAGCAUGUUCAUCCGCAAUGGCCAGCAGCGGAAGCGUGAGAGCAGCUCGGUGCUGUGGCAGAUGCGCCGGCAGCUGCUGCUGGAGCUGGUGGCCAUCCUGCCACGCUCCCGCAGCGCCCGGCAGCCGGACGAGGCGGGCAGCAUGGACGAGGAGCCCGGCCCCGGGUACUCGGGCCUGCGGGAGGAGCACGUGGUGAAGGCCAGCGCCCUGCUCCGCCUCUACUGCGCCCUGAUGGGCAUCGCCGGCCUCAGGCCGACCGACGAAGAGGCUGAGCAGCUCCUCCAGCUGAUGACCAGCAGGCCCCCAGCGACCCCUGCUGGCGUGCGCUUCGUCUCCCUCUCCUUCUGCAAGCUGCUGGCCUUCCCCAUGCUGGUCAGCACCCCAGAGCAGGAGCAGCUGAUGGUGAUGUGGCUCAGCUGGAUGAUCAAAGAGGAGGAAUACUUUGAGAGCGCCGCGGGCGUCGCCGCCUCGUUCGGAGAGAUGCUCUUGCUCGUUGCCAUGUACUUCCAUAGCAACCAGCUGAGCUCCAUCAUCGAGCUGGUGUGCUCCACGUUGGGGAUGAAGAUCGUCAUCAAGCCCAGCUCUCUCAGCAAGAUGAAGACCAUCUUCACUCAGGAAAUAUUCACCGAACAGGUGGUGACUGCUCACGCGGUACGUGUGGCGGUGACCAACAACCUGAGCUCCACCAUCCAAGGCUUCCUGCCCAUCCACUGCAUCUACCAGCUGCUGCGCAGUCGCGCCUUCACCAAGCACAAAGUCUCCAUCAAGGACUGGAUCUACCGCCAGCUGUGUGAGACCACCACCCCGCUGCACACGCAGCUGCUGCCCCUCAUCGACGCCUACGUCAACUCCAUCCUCACGCCGGCCUCCAAGACCAACCCGGAGGCCACCAACCAGCCAAUCACGGAGCAGGAGAUCCUCUGCGUCUUCCAGAGCACCACGGGGCACGGGGAAGGUGGGCGAGGCCAGCGCCAGCGUCACUCCCUCACCCCCCAGCUCCUCAUCCUCUACUACAUCCUCUCCUACGAGGAGAGCCUUCUGGCAAGCACCAAGCAACUGGCCUUGAUGCAGAAGAAGCCCAAGUCCUACUCGGCGGCCCUCAUGGACCACAUCCCCAUCAAGUACCUGGUGACCCAAGCCCAGAAGCUGCAGCAGGAGCUGGGAGGGCUGCACUCCGCCCUGCUGCGGCUGCUGGCCACCAACUACCCCCACCUGUGUCUGGUGGAGGACUGGGUGUGUGAGGAGGAGGUGACGGGCACUCUGCCCCUGCUGCGGCGGCUGAUGCUCACCAGCAACACCUGCAGAUACACCCCGGGACAGCUGCACGACGCCUUCCAGAUGCUCCCGUCCAGCGGGCCCCGGCUGAUGCGGGUCCUGGAGCAGCUGACCCUGCUCUCCCCGGGGGACCUGAUCCCCUACGCCGAGGCCCUGACCACCAGCAUGUGCCUGCUGCUGGAGCCGGCCGUGCCGCGCCGCGUCCUGCAGACCCUCAACAAGCUGUGGGUGGGCCUGAACACCGUCAUGCCCCGCCGGUUGUGGGUGAUGACGGUGAACGCGCUGCAGCCCCCGGCCAAGCUGCUGCGGCGGCAGACCUACACGCAGAACGACCUGAUGGUCGACCCCCUGGUGGUGCUGCGCUGCGACCACCGCGUCUACAGAUGCCCCCCUCUGAUCGACAUCAUCCUGCACAUGCUCAACGGCUACCUGCUGGCGUCCAAGGCCUUCCUGCACUGCCACCUGAAGGAGACGGCCGACUUCGAGCGGCAGAACCAGACGGUGUCCAGCCUGGGCCUGGCCGGCCAGCCCGACUCCCCCGAGGUGACCCGCGAGGAGCUGAAGAACGCCCUGCUGGCCGCGCAGGACAGCGCCGCGGUGCAGAUCCUGCUGGAGGUGUGCAUGCCCUCCUCGGAGGAGCAGCAGCAGCUGCAGCCGGGGAGCCCGGCCGAGGGCCUGCUCCGCGGCGCGGGGGGCCGGAGGGGCCCCGAGGAGGCGGAGCCCGAGGGAGGCCUGCUCAGCGACCUGCGCGAGGUGCAGUGCCUCAUCUGCUGCUCGCUGCAUCAGAUGUUCAUCGCUGACCCCAACAUCGCCAAGCUGGUCCACUUCCAGGGUUACCCUCAAGCUCUGCUGCCCCUCACCGUGGCUGGCAUCCCCUCCAUCCAUAUCUGCCUGGACUUCAUCCCAGAGCUGCUGGCCCAGCCCCAGCUGGAGAAGCAGAUCUUUGCCAUCCAGCUGCUGUCUUAUCUCUGCACCCAGUACGCGCUGCCCAAGUCCCUGAGUGUCGCCCGCCUGGCCAUCGGUGUCAUGGGCACCCUGCUCACAGUGCUGACCCGCACCAAGAGGUUCUCCUUCUUCAUGCCCACGCUGCCCUGCCUGGUGGCCUUCUGCCAGGCCUUCCCGCCGCUCUACGACGACGUGGCCGCCCUGCUGGUGCAGGUGGGGCAGGUCUGCGCCUCGGACGUCGCCACCAAGGCCCGGGACAUAGACCCCCUCAUCGCCCGACUGCAGUACCUGAAGGAGAAGCCCCAGGAUGUGUUGCUCCCCGGGGGGGGCUCGUCCAAGCUGAGUCUACCCCAGAGGACGGCAGAGGAGCUGGGCCGCGCUGACCCCGACGUUCAGCUCUGCUACCGCGUGGAGGCCACCUUCAUGGACAUCAUCAGCUCCAGCCUCAGGGGACUGUAGCUCCAGGCGGCACCUGGGACUCUGGCUGUCAGGCAAAAGGAGCCCCUCCCCCAUCCACCACCAAGCCCCCGCAGCCUAGCGCGGCUGCUGGUUCAGAUCCCUUCCUCCUCCACAAAGGGUCAGUGGCAACAGCCAAUCAAAGUUCAGCGCUAGCUCUCAUGGGGUUUCACGUCCCAUUCGACUCUCAGGCCUGCCGUUCACACUGAACUCGGACUGCUCUUUCCUCGGUGUACAUAAUGUACAUUUUAGGUCUACGAAGGUGGAGGACUACAGUGGGACUCUGUACGGCGCAGUGUUCUUCCUCAGUCAGCACUGAGGGAGUGUAAGCCCAUGUCGUGUAAAUAAUGAAAGAAUACAUGCAAGUCGUUUCUGAGACGCGUGAUGCGUGUGCGCUUUGUAAUAGUUUGUAGAAAUUGGAUUACAGGUAUUUUUUUAACGGUCUGUUUUCUUGACCCCCCUUGUCAUACUUUUGCUGAACGUCAUACACUUUUUGUCCGUUUUUUUUAAAACAACAGCCGUACGAUGAUCUGAACUUUCCAUGUGUACAGCUUUGUUACUGUACGUGUACUGUAUUUGUUUUGUAAUAAAACAAAAAAUA